CAGAUGUCUGUCAGAGACACAAGACAGCAUUCAUGACCGAAAAUAUGCCUCCAGGACGUCAAAGUAAUACUGAACGCCGGCGAAUUAGAGACGACUGUCGCAAAAGACUGGCUGAUCAUAUCUAUGACAGUCUCGGACUCCAAGUCAAACCUGCUGACGUUCGCCUUUUGCCGCGAGGAUCCGAUUUUUACAGAUGGCGAGUUCUUCCAGGCAACGAGGAAAUAUGUUCCAAGAUAUUUUCUAAGAGUUUGAGUGAUCAUUCCGUCAACGCAUUGCGGCUACUUCGUGAGGAGGUCGGGAAAUCGUUUGAAGCGAUUGGAACGUCAGAAUCUCCAAAUCUAAAUUCUCAGAAGCCGAGUUCGCUUAUCAGCCAACUCCAAAAUGAAAAUGCACAACUUUCUGACCAACUGCGUGCUGUAGCGGGAGAACUAGCUACAGAACGUGACCACCGAAGUGAUCUGGAAGAAGAAAAUCAAAGUUUGAGGAGCACGCAGAGCUUGUUGGAGAAGAAGCUUCAGGACCAAAUAGAUAUUGCAGAGAAUUUUCGGAGCGUUUUAGCCAGAUGUGCUACUGUAUUACCUGUUCUCGAAAACAUGAGGAAACAAAUGGCGGAAUCUUUAGGUGAUAUUUGUCCAAAUUAAUUGAUCAUUAGUGUUGUCCGUCGUGCCUGGUAAUCAAUCGCUGGC